AUGUUAUCAUUAGGUUUUCGAUUCCACCCUACCGAUGAAGAGUUGAUCAACUAUUUGAAGAAUGUCGUGCUCCAUGGAAUGUUGCCACCUAGGGAUUUUAUUAAAGUAGCGGACCUAUUUGAAGAUUUGGAGCCAUGGGAGAUUAUGGCAGGUUCGGAGGAGCAAACACAUUACUUUCUUUCGCAGUUGAAGAGAUUCAAGAAUUCAACCAAAAAAUUCUCAAGAACAGUUGGAAAAGGGACUUGGAAGGGCCAAAAUAGUGGUAAUCCAAUUGAAGAUAAUGGAUUAAAGAAGAAUACUACAAUUGGAUAUAAGAGAAAUGAGUACUUUAGGAAAAGCAGCAAGAACUAUACAUUCGUCAUUUGCAAAAUCAAAGAGAAGAAAAAGAAUAAGGGGGAAGAAGUUGAUGAUGAAUUUAUUGAUUAUGUAUUAGAAAGUAUUCCUGAUAAUCAUCAAUUAAUUACCAACGAUGAUGACAAUCAAUUUGCGGUUAAUUAUGAAGUGAUGAGGACAAUCACAUUGCAUGAAGAUUACGGUGGUGGAGUUGAGGACUUUAAUGGAAUUGAUCAUCUACUAUUAGGAGUUGAGGAUAUUAAUGAUGAGAAUUGUUGUAUUGACUAUGAUGAGUUGCUCGAAAUUAUUGGAUAA